GUUUUUAACGGAGUGAGUCUGGAGGAAAAGCUGCUGUGAAGCUGUGAAAAUGUCUAAAAUCCAGAACGAGGAGGAACUUUGUGGACAACGCAAACUACUGGACGCUGUUUUCCAGCCUGAAGUCCGGCUGCACAGAGCAGAUGUCCAGGAGUGGAGCCCCAGUCUGGACCAGGAGGACCCACCAGAUCCCCCACACAUUAAAGAGGAACCGGAGGAACUCUGGACCAGUCAGGAGGGAGAGCAGCUUCUAGGACUGGAGAUGGCUGCUAUCACUAAGUUUACAUUCACUCCUGUCCCUGUGAAGAGUGAAGAAGACGAUGAAGAGAAACCUCAGUCCUCACAGCUUCAUCAGAGACUAACUGAACAGAUUAAAACAGAAGCUGAUGGAGAGGACUGUGGAGCACCAGAACCAGCCAGGAACUCAGAUCCAGGUAGACAUUUACAACCAGCUACUCAUGGCAAGAUGUCAGACUCCUCUGAACCUGAGACUGAUGACAGUUGUGAUUGGGAGGAGACCAGGGAACCUCAGUCAGGUUUAAACCCUCUGCUAAACAAUGAAGUACCUGUAAAUGAUCAGGAAUGUAAUGCUGGAAAAACAUCAAGUAGCUCCUCUGAAUGUGCUACAAGCUCUGGCCACAAGGGACAUCUGCAGGAACAAGAUGGAACCCAAACAGGAGAGAAACCAUAUAGUUGUUCUGUUUGUCGUAAAAGAUAUUCUGGGAAGAACUCCUUAAGGAAUCACAUGAGACUUCAUUCAGAAGGGAAACGUUUUAGCUGCUCAGUUUGUAAAAAAACUUUUCAGUGGAGAGUAGAUGUUGUGAGGCACGUGAGAAUCCACACAGGGGAGAAACCCUUCAGUUGUUCUGUCUGUGGUAUAAGAUUUUCACAAACGGUACAUCUGAGACAACACAUGAGAAUCCACACAGGGGAGAAACCCUUCAGUUGUUCUGUUUGUGGUAAAAGACUUACACGAAAGACACAUCUAAGACAACACAUGAGAAUCCACACAGGGGAGAAACCCUUCAGUUGUUCUGUUUGUGGUAAAAGUCUCACCCGAAAGACACAACUGAGACAACAUAUGAGAAUCCACACAGGGGAGAAACCCUUCAGUUGUUCAGUUUGUGGUAGAAGAUUUGCACGAAGCUCAAAUUUGACCUCACACUUAAAAGUUCAUACAGGAGAAAAACCUUUCACAUGCUCAGUUUGUCAAACAAGUUUUAGUCUCAGAAAGAGUUUAUCCAGACACAUGCGAAUGCACACUGGGGAGAAACCAUUUAGUUGUUCAGUUUGUGAUAAAAGAUUUACUCGGCUCCAGUAUUUAAAAACACACAAAUGUGCUGGUGAGAGCAGCGGAAGCAGAGAUGCAUGUUGAGCCAAUUCCUUCCAGCAGGAUCUGAAGUACUGAGGGCAAGACUUGGCUCAACACUGAUCAGUUCAAAACUGCGAUACAGACUCCAAAAUAAGUCGUGAUUCAUCUUUUCAGCUAAGAUGAAGCGAUGUGAUCAUUUUAAUUGUUUUUAUUUGUGUCUACAUUAUUUGGUUUAGUAUUUCAUGUAUUCAUUGUUUUAAAAUUGUCUAUUUAUAUUUCAUGUCACCUGUACAGCACUAUGGUCAACAUGUGUUUUAAAAUGUGAUUUAUAAAUGAAAUGGCUUAACUUACCUCCCAAUAACACAAUGUAUUUCUAAUUUAAUGGACUCUCCUGGUCUUGAAUAGAUCUCAUAAUGUGUAAAACAUGAACAGUUGAUUCUUAAACUGCUCAAACUGUAUUUGUGUUAUUUCAGUCAAAUCAUAUCUUAUAUGUAUGUUGUUAAAUCACAAGUCUUUCGACAAACUUUGAUUUGACACAGUUGGACGGCUGAUGUGUUGGAUUUACCCAGUUGCCUUUAAAGCAGAGCUUCAGAUGUUUCCAGCCUCUUUCCGUACAGUACUCAGACGCCAUAUGUGUGUUGAGAGAGUUGUUGGUUGCUGUAAUCGUUCUUCAACUGGGUAUCUUCAUCCCGGGACUCGUGUGGAUGCUUAUUGCAGUUGGUCUGUAGUGGCAACAAACCUCCAAGUGACCAUCAAGACAUAUCCCUCCGCCCUGGCUCAGCAAGGAAACACAGUCUGUGGAAACAUAAAGGACUUUUGUAGAAUAAAGACCAAGUUUGGAAGAUCCCCACUUGAUUUGUGAAAGUCAGACUACAAUGGAGUAUUUUGUACAUACUUUUAAAAGAUCUGAGUAGUUCUUCCAACGCAGGUAAAAGGCUACUGCGACAACACAGGUUAAAAGAAAUAAAGUAUAGAAAGUAUAAAGUAAAUAAAUAAAGCACAGUA